AUGGUUUCUUUGUGGGAUUUCGGUAAACGACUAUCAUUGAACAUCGAUAAUUCGAAACGGAAGAAACGUUUCAAUGCAGAAGUAAAAUACAGUAAACAUGGUUGUUUCUUACUAUUUGCUAGUGGUAAAUGUGUGGCGACAGGAUUCAAAUCAUUUAAAAGGAUGUAUCAAGAUAUGACUAUCACUUUCGAGGACCCACCUAGAUUUGUUAAACUUUAUCUGAUAACAGCCAAAACAAAACUUCCGUUUAGAUUCGAUUUUAUAAAGAUGACAAAAAAUCAUAAAAACACCUCAUUUGAACCAGAGUUAUAUCCAGCUUUGUAUUGGCGAGAUGGGAAGAUCUGUAUAUGCUGUUACGAUAAUGGAUCUAUUGUUAUUACUGGUGCCACCUGCAUCGGUCGCAUGAAAACUGUCCUCAAAAAUUUUUAUGAGGUAGCAAGAAAGUAUAAAAGGAUAGUCUGA